GCCGGCCUGCUUUUAGCUGUUCAUAAUGCCUCUUGGGAAAGGCUGGAAGAAAACAGUCGAAGACAUUGCCAGUGUCUACGACAUCAAGGAGAAGCUGGGCGCGGGGGCUUUUUCAGAAGUGCUCUUGGCCCAGGAACAUGGAUCUCAGCGCCUUGUAGCCCUCAAAUGUAUUCCUAAAAAAGCACUGCGAGGUAAAGAAGCAGCUGUGGAGAAUGAAAUUGCUGUACUCAAAAAGAUUCAACAUGAGAACAUUGUUGCUCUGGAAGAUAUUUAUGAAAGUCCCACUCAUUUGUACCUGGCCAUGCAGCUGGUGACAGGCGGAGAGCUCUUCGAUCGCAUCAUUGAACGAGGCUAUUACACAGAAAAGGAUGCCAGCCAACUCAUCCGGCAGGUGCUAGAGGCUGUGAAUUACCUGCAUGAUCUGGGAAUUGUUCAUCGGGAUCUCAAACCUGAAAAUCUCCUGUAUGCUACACCAUUUGAGGAUGCCAAGAUUAUGAUUACGGACUUUGGGCUGUCUAAAAUUGAGGCUGAUGGUAUCAUGUCUACAGCUUGUGGAACCCCGGGCUAUGUUGCCCCGGAGAUCCUGGAGCAGAAGCCCUACGGAAAAGCAGUGGAUUCCUGGGCACUUGGUGUCAUCUCCUAUAUCUUACUUUGUGGUUAUCCUCCUUUCUAUGAUGAGAACGACUCUGAGCUUUUCAACCAGAUCCUGAAAGCUGAAUAUGAGUUUGACUCCCCAUACUGGGAUGAUAUCUCCGAUUCAGCCAAAGAUUUCAUCCGACAUCUUCUAGAACGGGACCCUGAGAAACGAUUUACUUGUGAACAAGCUCUGCAACAUCCCUGGAUCUCUGGGGAUACAGCUCUGGAGAAGGACAUUCAUGGAUCUGUGUGUGAGCAGAUUCAGAAGAACUUUGCUCGCAGUCAGUGGAAGCGAGCAAUCAAUGCCACAUCCUUUUUGCGCCAUAUCACCAAGAUGGGACCAGGUGCAGAGGGUGAAGAAAUUGGAGAGGCAACAUCUGGAGGACAGCGUGGAAAAUGGUGACCCCCC